AUGGCAUGGCGCGAAUACCUCAACAGAUCCUUCGAUGUCUUCAAGAGUCGCUCGGUCGCACUGACGCGAAUGGAUCCGCUCGGGACAAGCCAGAAGGUUCAGAUGACGAUGGCCACGCUGCGUAGUCCGGACGAUCUACGGAGCUUUGCACUCGGCGCAGAUUCAGACAUAGGGGGGCACUCCACGGCCCACCUCGACCUCGAUGCGGACGGCAAAGGACGGUUCAGCGGAUCGUUGAGCUCAAAAGUCCCGCAAGGACUCAAGCUGGGCGGCAGUGAGAUCAACAGGACAGGGUAUGCCGGUUUCAGGACAAAGUCACGGCCGUCUAUCUUUGGCAUACAGACAUGGGACACCUCAUUGCACCAAUUUCUCAAGCUACGGCUGCGCAACUCUGGCGAUUCGAUGCGGUACUUUAACCCUAUGCUAACAGAGCAAACAGUACAAAGCGAUCUGUUCCAACACAGACUGAUACUAGGCGAAGUGGGCAAAUGGGAGGAUGUGCUGGUCGCAUUCGAUCACUUCACGCUCAUCAAUUCCGGCGAUCUGUCCGAGACCCAGAUCAGUAUGAUGCGAGAGAAGAUCAGAACAGUAGGCAUCUCCGUACUCGGCCCGGCAGAGGGCGAUUACGAGCUCGGCAUCGAGUCCUUUGAAGCCGUCAAUAGCAAUGACGCCGAGCUCUUAUUACAGCAAGAUGAGAAAGUAGCCGAGCGGCUCACUGCUGGAACGACAGUGGAUAGCAGAACAGUGGUCGAAAUCCCCGCAGGCGAUCCUACCGCCCUUGACAUCUGUUCUCAGCUCGUCGCUCGCAUAGAGAGACCGCCGCCAGGGACGAUCACGGUCGAGCGAUAG